UUAUGCCUGCGUCAGCUGUGCGCGCCGCGGGAAACCUGACAAGCCGCAUGGCUGCGGGUUGUUCAGAGGCUCCGCCGCCGAAGGCGGCUUCUGAGGGCCCGGUGGUGGGACAGGCUGGCGUCUUGCUUUGCCUAGAGCUGCCGACUUACGCUGCCGCUUGUGCGCUGGUGAAUAGCCGCUACUCUUGCCUGGUGGCAGGCCCGCACCGAAGACACAUCGCCCUGUCGCCGCGCUACCUUAACCGGAAGCGCACCGGUAUCCGGGAACAGCUAGAUGCGGAGCUCCUACGCUAUUCCGAGAGCCUUUUAGGUGUCCCCAUUGCAUAUGAUAACAUCAAAGUAGUGGGUGAACUGGGAGAUAUUUAUGAUGAUCAAGGACACAUUCAUCUUAACAUUGAAGCAGAUUUUGUUAUUUUCUGUCCUGAACCAGGGCAAAAGCUUAUGGGUACAGUUAAUAAAGUGUCUUCCAGCCACAUUGGCUGUUUAGUACAUGGGUGUUUCAAUGCCUCCAUCCCUAAACCUGAGCAGAUGCCUGCAGAGCAGUGGCAGAACCUGGAGAUAAACGUGGGUGAUGAGCUAGAAUUUGAAGUAUUUCGUUUGGACUCAGAUGCUGCUGGAGUAUUCUGCAUUCGGGGAAAAUUAAAUACCACUAGUUUACAAACCAAGUGCUCUGCAGUUUCUGAAGAAGUAACAGAAACUGGCACUGAAGAAAUUAUUGAAAAACCUCUCAAGAAGAAGAAAAAGAAAAAGACGACAGACCCAGAAUCAUACGAAGUAGAAAGUGACAACAGAGAGCUAGCAGAUUGUGCAGAUGCCACAAUGAAGGAAGAGACAGACCUGCAGAUUGAUAAUGUGAAUGGCCUCUGGAAGGCUGAGCCAAAAAAGAAGAAAAGGCACCAGGAAGAUCAGGACCAGGAUCCUGUUUUCCAAGGCAGUGACUCCAGUGGUUACCAGAGUGACCGUAAAAAGAAAAAAAAGAAAAGGAAACACAGUGAGGAAGCUGAAUUUACCCCACUUGUGGAACACUCACCUAAAAAGAAAAGGGAAAAGUGAUUUUCUUUAGUGCAUUUUAAAUAUUCAGCUUUUUAAAGAUUUAGAUACAAGAUGAAUAAAUGUGGGAAUGGUAUGAAAUGCUUGUGUAUUCCCGUAGUCUACAAAACAGGAAACGUUUGAUUAGGAGUUUUUGGUGCUUCAAUUAUUACAGUGAUAAUUACUGUAGGAAAUACCAGGAUUAUUAAACU